UUGGGUUAAAAAACCACCUUUUUUGCUGCCAGCCGAGCCCGACGUCAGGGGCCGCUGUGGGUUUACGCGGGGGCUCCGCACGCGGCCGCCACACAAAGGCAGCAGCUCCGCACCGCGCACCGCUCCGCAGGCAUGAUGCAGGUCCGGGGCCUCCUCCUCCUCCUGGCGCUGAUCCUGCUGGCCGCCACUGCCGAGGCCGGCAAGAACAAGAAAGAGAAGGCGAAGAAGGACGGCUCCGAGUGCGAGGACUGGCGCUGGGGACCCUGCGUCCCCAACAGCAAGGACUGCGGCCUGGGCUACCGUGAGGGAACUUGCAAAGAUGAGAGUAAGAAGCUCAAGUGCAAGAUCCCCUGCAACUGGAAGAAGAAGUUUGGAGCCGACUGCAAGUACAAAUUUGAGAGCUGGGGGGGGUGUAGCGCUCAGACGGGCGUGAAAACCCGCUCUGGCAUCCUGAAGAAAGCCCUGUACAAUGCCCAGUGUGAGGAGAUCGUCUAUGUGACCAAGCCGUGCUCUUCCAAGAUCAAGUCAAAGUCCAAAGCAAAGAAGGGCAAGGGGAAGGACUAGAGCGGGAAGCCAGCAUCCUCAUCGGCCCCUCGACACGGUGCCUACGGGGCUGGACGCCCAGCUGCAGCCGGCCCGCGCUCCAGUCUUCCUCCUCCUUUCCUCCUUCUUUUCCAUGACCUCCUCUUUCACUGAGAUGCCUUGUUUUAAUCGCUAGUGUUGUAGAGAGCAAACCCACCCGCCCCGCAGGAGGGGCUGCCCACCCCAGCCCCCCGCCGCCACUGCCAGUGCAUCCCGCUCACCUCCUCUGGGCUGGUGUCGGGGUUCGCUGGGACGCGCCUGGAGAGCUGGGAUGGGAACACACAUUUUUCCAUCCUCCGGCACAAAUGAGUUGCCUUUAGUGCAUCCUUUGACAAGCCCGGGAGCCUCCUAGCUCCUCCGCCAGGUACCGGUGCCGGAGGGAAGGGCUGGGUGUUGAAUGCCGGAGUAACCCCAUCGCUCGUGCCCCUUACUCACGUGAGGACUGAUCUCAGCUCGGGAGGCUUCUUCCAGCAUCCCUUCGGCCAGGGCACGACUUCGCUGCAGCAGCUGGGGGGAAAACAAAGCCACCGCCCCCAGGAACCGCCGCGUCCCCUCUCCUCCAUCACUUCUAA